AUGAGGGUUGAGUUAAGAGAGUGGUAUGGUGGGUUUGGGGUGUUGGGGUGUUUGUUGUUGGGGAUGGUUUGUUUUUGUUUAGUGUGGUUUUGUGUGUGUUGGUGUGGGUUUGGGGGUGUGUUGGUGUGUUGGGUGUGUGGGGGUGUGGUUGUGUUGGUUUGUGUUUUGGGUGGUGGUUGGGUUUGGUGGUUUGGGUUGUGUGGUGUGGGUUGUGUGUUGGUUGAUGGAGGUUGUUGUGGUGUGGUGUUUUGUUGGGGUUGGGUUGGGAUGGUAGUGGGUUUGUUUUUGGAUGUGGUGUGUGUAGGUGUUUUUUUGUUUGGUGGUGUGUUUUUGUGGUGUUGUGUGUUUUUUAUUGGGGGUUGUGUUGUUGUGGGGAUUGGUUUUGUGUAUGGGUUGGUGGGUUGUGUUUUUGGUUGGGUCUUGGUGGGUGUGGUUGUGGGUUUUGGGUUUUGUGGUUUUGGUGUGGUGUUGUGUGUGGGGUGUGUGGUUUGGUGGGUUGUGUUGGUGUGUUGGGGAUUGGUGUGUGUGGUGUGUUGUUGUUGGUUGUGGGUUGGGUGUGUGGUUUUGUUGUUUGAUGGUUUGGUGGUGUUGGGUUGGUUGGGUGGUGUUGGGUUGGUGGUUGGUUUGUGGGGUGUGGGUGUUGGUUUUGUUGUGGUGGUUUUGUUGUUGGUGUUUUUGGUUUGUUGUUGUGUGUGUGUGGUUGUGUUGUUGGGUGGGGGUGUGUUUGUGGUGUGUGGUUGGUGUGUGUGGUGGGGGGUGUGUGUUUGUUGUUUGGUUUGGGUUUUUUUUGGGUUGUUGGUUGUGGUUGUGUUGGUGUGUUGUUUUGUUUUUGGUUUUGGUUUGUUGGUGGGUUUGUGGAUGUGUUUGGUGGGGGUGUGUUGGUGUGUUUGUGGGUUGUUGUGUGUGUGGGGGUUUGGUGGGGUUGUUGGUGGGUUUGGUGGUGUGGGGUUUUGGUGGUGUUGGUUGUGUUGUUGGGGGGUGUUUGAUUUUGUGUUUUGUUUGGUUUUUGUUGUUUUUUGUGUGUUUGGGGGGUGUGGGGGGGUGUUUGUGUUGUGA